AUGAAAUCACCAGAGGAACACACGUCUGAAGAAACUAUGACCGUGGUUGAAGAUGGAUUUAUUAUUAAUAGAAAGACCAUUAUAAAAACCACAAAAAAAGAGUUGUAUAAUUCCUUACGAAACAUAAAAAGAACGGAAACAGUUGUUAAAACCAUAAUUGAGGAUGAGUAUCCCGAUGGGUCCAUCAAAACAAAAUCUAGCGAAAAACUUACAGUCGUUGAAGAAAAUCUUCAUAUGUCGGAAGAAAAAUUAUUAAGCACAAUUGAAAUUUUAGAUCAAAAGAUACCUAAAACAUUUGCAAUCAACGAAGUAUUAGAAGGUCUUAUUUCACAAGGUGAACCGGAAAUAAGUGAAAAAUGUAUAGUAGAAGAAAUUGAGGAUAACAAUUUUAAAAUUGUAAGAACUAUUAAGACAGAAACUGCAAGAACCUUGUUUGCUGAUUUUCAAAAUAUAACUAAAAAGGUAAAAACAAUCACCACCAUCACAACAAUGGACUUGUAUCCAGAUGGAUCCUCACGUUCUACAACAGACACGAAAGUCAUUGUCAGUGACUUUGAGCCGACAGACAAUGUCACUGAACGAACUGAAGACGAUAAAUGUGAUGAUUUAUUGAAACAAGAUUCUUCAAAGCACGAAAAAAUAAUUUCUAAUCGAAUGACUAUGGUUGAAAAUGGAACUGAUUCCACGGUAUACUUAAAUGGUCACUCUAAGUCACAUGAAUUUGAGUUAGAAUAUGAUUCUGAAGGGAUGUUUAUUCCUGAAAAAACGUCACCUACUGAUAAUUCUGAAUCUAAAUUACUAUUUCUUGGCAAAGAUUCUAAACAAGAAGAAUAUGUAGAUAGUAAAAGGAAAAUAUUGUCACAAAAAGAAAAUAAAGGGGAGGAAGUUGUAGAUAGUAAAUCAACCAAGGAAUCCUUUGUAGAUCUAUCUGGAGUUAAAGAUACUUAUAGCGAUAUCUAUCAGUCGCCCGCUGCAAAACUUAUUAAAGAAACAGAAAAAUUGUUGGCUGAGGAAAGGUCCCAUAUUUCUAACAUGAACUUUAAUACUAAGACCACUAAAGAUGUAAAUAUUCAUGACUUUGAUGAUAAAUUUUCUUCAAUUUCUACAAUUGAUAGCGGGAUCAUUGAUAGAGACAGUAUUACACAUACUUUGUUGCAAUGUAGCAGUUCUGAGGAUGUAUCGAAGGAAGUUAGUUUAGAAGAGAAAUACAGUUUUGAAAGCACCGAAAAAUCGGAUAAGAAAUCUUUGGUUGACCAAAUCCUUUCGUCUCAGGAAGUAGAUCAAAGAUCGACUUCCGGUGAGUUCAGUAGUUAUACAGAUUCCCUGCAAUCUACAAGCAAGCAACCUAUUAGUUUUGCUAAUAUCAAACAGGAUACAUGUAUAGACACAAACACAGAAGCUUCCGAAAAUAGAAGUAUAUCAAUGGAUAAGACUGGCUCUAAGGUUGACAUUCAGACUAAGGAAUUAUCUAAAAAAGGACAGGAAUCAGCAGUCACAUCACUUAUUGAAAAUAUUAACAAAGCAUUUACAGACGAAACCGUACAGCAAGGAAUUAAAACAGAAGAUUUAGAAUCAAUAUCAACGCACUCAAGGUUUGAUAGGGUAUCAACUCCUCCUACUGCACCCGUUAGUCCUCUUCCAAAUAUUCCUAGUAGUUUUCAAGAUAUAAAAGUAAGUGACGGUAUUCAGAGUGAGGUAAAAUACGACAAGUUAGAAGGAGCUGAAGAAACAAUAACAAAAAUCGUUCAUGUUGGAGAAGAUGUUUUAACUCAAAAGAUUUCAACUUCGACUGAAAAAGUGCCCAAACCGCUUAAAAAUGACAAGGAAGAAUACGAUAGUGAUUCUGAUAUUUUAUCUCUUAUGCAAACAAUGGGUAAAAUAAAAACAGAAACUGAUACUACAACAAAAAUAAUAAAAGAAGGAGAAAAUGUCGUAACACAAACUAUAACGACUGUAACAACAAAAGAAAUCAUUUCAAGAGAAGAUGGCACACCUCAAAAUGUUAAAACUACUAUUGAAACCACUACACUAAGCAAGAGUUCUGAUGGCUCAAUAACAAGUACAACGGAUACUCAAACGUUGUUGUCAGAAUGUUCUUCUUCACUUCGAUCCACUUCUCAAAUGGAUUUAUAUGAUAAGGAUAGAAAGUUUGAUAAAUUUGAGAAUGGGGAUGAUAAAUCUGAUUCAGAAAGCAUGUGUCAAACCUAUGAAAGUAGUACUGGACAACUACAUGAUCACCAAUCAUUUAUGGAAAGUAAGGGACCGAUGAGGGAAAGUGUUUUAAAAUCAGAGUAUAUUAAGGAAGAUGAUGAGACUGAUUCCAAUGUAGAAGACACGGUUAUAGACACAGACAUCAGCAAGAAAGUAAUUAAAGAAAAUGGUAUCGAUGUAAUUGAAACCACUGCUACCACUACUAAAAAAGAAAUAAUACGAAUUGAUAAUAAUAAGAAAAUUAUUAAAACCACGAUUGAAACGAAUACAACGCGAGAAUUCCCUGGAGGUGCCAAAGCUGUUCAAAAGACCGUGGGAGUGAAGACUGAAGAAGUUACUAUUGAUUCAAGUAGCAAUCUCGAUAAAUUACUUUGCAACUUAACAGUAUACGGGGAACCGGAAGAAAAUGUAUCAACAAAAACUGAAACUAUCACGUGUGAUGACAUUGUUAUUACACGAACAAUUUCUACAAAAACUAUAACUAUUAAAUAUAUCGAUAAAAAAAAUAUUCUAAGAAAAAUAAAGACUAUAACAAUGGUAACAACAACAGAUGAAUACCCAGAUGGUUCUACUCAAACCAAAGUUGAUACUAGUACAUCACUGGCAGAUAUACAGGCUGAAGAUGUAAUUGAACCAUCGGAGCUUUCUAACUAUUCUAUACUAGAGGAUAAGUCUGUAAAUGUAAAUCGUCAAGAAAAAGAUACUAUAAUUAACGGAAAAAGCGUUACGCAGAUUAUAACUACUACUACAACCAAGGAAAUAUUAAGUACUAAAGAUAAAUCUAAGAAAAAAGUGAAGACUACGGUGGAAACAGUCACUGAAUCAAAAUUACCAGACGGCAUUACUGAAAUAACUAAAGAUAUUAAAAUUUCAAUUUCCGACUACAAUAAUAAAUUUGAGCAGGAAAUUCCUGAUGGAUUUAUUUUAGUAGGAGAACCACAAGAAGAUACAAAGACAGAAACAGAAACUAUUAUAGAAUUUGGCUUACCAAUAAAAAGAAAAACUACGACUACUAUAAUCAAACAGUAUUAUCACAAUAUAGAUAAAAAAUUGAAGAGAUUGAAAACAACAACCAAAAUUGUAACAGAAGAUGAAUACCCUGACGGUACAGUCACAAUGAAAACUAAUGAAAAAGUUUCUAUCACAGAGGACGAUUUAGAAUUUUCCGAUAUUUCUAAUGAUGGUACAUUAUAUAAAGAAUCUUAUUCAAAUACUAACAAAAUUGAUAGUUUAUUAAACGGUCUCUUGCCUAUAGGCAAUCCAGAGGAAAGUGAAACCAGAGAAAAGAAAGAAGUACUAGAAAACGAUUUACUUAUUCAAAGGACUAUAGUAACUAAAACUAAUACAACUAACUAUUCUGACAUUCACGGGGUGCUUUCAAGAAGAAAAAUCGUGAAAACUAUUACAACCACAGACCAAUAUCCAGAUGGUUCAUCUCGUACAACUGUAGAUAUAAGUACGUCUUUAUCAGAAAUUGAUUCAAAAGAAAUAUUACAUAAAGAUUCUUUAUUUAAAUCAUCAAAUAAUGAUGAUAAGUCAGUAAAUGUAGAAACAAAAUUGAAAACAGUCUGCAGAGAUGGUAAAGAGGUUCAACAGGAAGUAACCACAAUUACUACAAAAGAAAUUUUACCAUCAACUGAAGAAACAAAGAAUAAAAUUCGAACAACUGUGGAGACAAUUACUAAAUCUAUAUUACCUAACGGUGUUGUAGAAGUUGCUAAAGAUGUUAAAGUUUCUAUAGCAGAUUUUGGAGAUGAAUCAUUUGAGGAACUCCUAAAAAAUUAUAAUGAAAUAGGAAAACCUUAUAUUGAUACAAAAUCUUAUUUAGAGCAAAUUGAAGAAAAUGGUAUUCCUUUAAAGAGAAAAACGACGAUAACUACCACCAAACAGGAAUAUGAAAAUACUUUAUACAAAUCAAGAAAAGUUAAAAAUAUAGUACAAACAUCAAUAGAAGACGAACUUCCGGAUGGCGAAAUAGUAACUAAAAAUUUAGAGGAAAUUUCAAUCGAAGAUAUUGUUUCAGAAAAGUUGCAAGAAAAGUCGGAGGCAGAAUCGCCAGAAUCUGGAACAGAAGAUACAGAAAUAGUAGAAGACACGAACGAGGAAUCAGAUAUUAAAAAUGAAAUUUUACAGCGGGGCUCAACAACAAUUAAACGCACAAUUACUACAAAAACAAAGCGUGAUACUUUAGCAAGUAGGGACAAGGAUAUAAAAAGAGUGCGAACUACUGUAGAAACAAUAACGGUUGAUGAGUAUCCAGACGGAUCAGUUGAAACUACUAAGGACGUCAAAAUAACAAUUUCUGAAUUUCAAAAAACGUCAGAGAGUGACUUGGAAGCCGCUCUCAAUGGUUUUAUAUCAACCGGUAAAGUUAAGAAUUCGGUUGACAAGAAAACUAACAUUAUUUUAUCAGAAAGCAACGAAAAAAUUACUCAAACUAUUACUACGUAUAUAACGAAAGAGGAAUACAAGAAUAAUGAAACAAAAGAAGGAGCAGUGAAAACUGUAACUGAAACCAUUACAGAAAAUUCACAUGAUAAUGGUACAGUUGAAACUACAAAAGAUGUUCGAACACAAAUUACUUACCUUCCACCCGGCUCGGGCUUAGACGAUUGUUCACCAGACGAAUUGGAAAAACUGGCUGAACAACCAAACACGCAAGAGAAAAAAACUAAAGUGGAAGACUUAGCUCUGGAACCAAAAAUUGAACACCAUUUGUACGAAAAACCAAAAAAACAGCGAUCUCCUGUAGGAGAAAUAACAACAGACACGGAAACUUUUACAAAAGUUAUAAAAGAAGGAAACAAUGAAAUAACGCAAACAAUAACAGUUGUUACUACUAAGGAAGUCAUAAGUCCCGAAAAAAUUAAAGUUACUGUUGAAACUACUACAGUGAGUAAGAGUAAUGAUGGCGUAACUAAAACUACAAAAUCGACUAAAACUACAAUAUCAGAAUUUAAAGAAGAGUAUGAAGAAAUUAUUGAUACAGGAGAUAGCGAAAAAUCAUUUUCUAAAUAUUCGUCUAAAACUUUAGACCUACGUAGCUCUUCCGCAGCUAGUGAUGAUUUAGAACAUCCUGGAAUAUCGACUCCACCUUCGGAUAUAAGUUCUAGAGGUUCACGAGCUGCAACACAUUUAUGGGGCACUGAAAGCAGCGGAAUAUAUUAUAGUGAUGAUGAUGGCCAAGGAAGUCCAAGUAGCACAAAAUCCCAAAUUGCUCAUUCGCCGCGAUCCAAUGUCAGCUUUGAAUUAGAUCCAAAAAUAACACAGCAUCAAGAAAUUUACCAUGAUAUGGCUACUGAAAAACCUGAAUUUGAUUCGACCGCUGCCUAUAAAGAUAUUUCGUCUUCUGAUUAUUUAAGACACAUUGGUGAAAGUGAUUCCUGCACAUCUUCUUAUUCUGAAGGUAAAUCUGAGGUACAAAUUGCUGAUAAACAUGUAAAUAAGACCGCUGAGGAAACCUUGUCAAAAGAUAAGUCAAAGUCGGAUACAGACAAACACAGAGUAGUAUCGUCUGAUGAUACAUUCCUUAAAGAAGCCGAUGAACAAUUUGAGAAAGCCAUAGAAGAGUACAAAAAAGUAAGCGGUCCAGAUGUAAUUUCAAGUAUAACAGCUAAAUAUGAAUUAGAUCAACAAAGCCAUUCUAGUAAGAGUCAUCAUUUGCCAACAAUGGAAGAAAGUACGAUUACAUUGAAGGAAUUAAAAUCCGAAGCUAAGAAAUCACCAGAAACAUCGUCUUUACUUACUUCUGGGUCAGAAUCAAAAUCAGAAACUCAAUCAAGUAAAGAAAAGGACCCCAUUGAGUCCUGGGGUAAGCCUUUAGGUCUACCUAGUCCCAUACAGCCUCCCACUCAAGCGGAUGGCAAAAGUACUCCGAAAAAACAAGGGCCUACGUCGAGUGUACAAAUGAAGAACAAAAUAAACCAAGAGAAGAGUAAGGAGGCGAAAAAUAGGGCUUCUGAGUCACCGAGUAAAAAGAAAUCUCCGAGUCCAGUUUAUAUGGAGCUGACAUACGUCCCCCACCAUGGUAAUUCUUAUUAUUCUGCAGUGGAAUUCUUCAAACGAGUCAGAGCACGAUAUUACGUUUUCUCUGGCACUGAACCUUCAAAGGAAAUUUACAAUGCUCUCCUUGACGCUAAAAAGACCUGGGAAGAUAAAGAUUUAGAAGUAACUAUCAUCCCCACGUACGACACAGACGUACUCGGCUACUGGGUGACUGAAAACGAAGAAGCCUUGGAGAAAUACAAGAUUGAUUUAUCGCCGUCAGCCUCCCGAUGCACGAUCAAUCUACAAGACCAUGAGACCUCCUGUGCGGCCUACAGACUCGAGUUCUAG